GUAGCUACCUGGUGCAUUCCCUCCACCUUGACGCUCAGGUGCACGGAUUUGGUCGAAAACUUUACUGAAGCUGACAUUUUCUGGAGGGGAAUUGAUAUAGAGGACAUUCAGAAUGGAUUAAAACAGACAUUUUUAAUGUUAGCUGGAGAAGAGAACACUAAUUCGGGAGUAAUUUUGUGGAUGCACCGUGUUUACUACCUUGGAGCCAGUAAGUCAUGUCUGCCGGCAGCGCUGGUAGUCCGAGACACAGCCCAGGGCCUGGCAGCUACAGGCAUGGACCCAGCUGGAGCAGCAGCCAGAGGUCGUCCUGUGAGAAGCGCUGUGUUGACCCAGUGGAAGACGGGCUCCCGACCCCAGAGCCAAAGACAGUCCACAAAGCGCAACUGAAAGAUGCUAAUGGAAAGGAGUCUGAGACCAUUGGCUUCAUUCCUGGCUCAGCUGACCCUCCCUCUGCGGCACAGACCUGCAGUCCUUGUGCUUCUCCUAGGAGUUGUAGGACCUUUAUGUGCAGCGUGCUCACCUGCGGCUUGUAUAGGGUCUGCCAGCGUUCCAUCCUCGCUCCGUGCCUAGCGCCAAACGAGAGCUCCCCAGAUGAACCAGAGCAGGUGAGCCUCCGAGCUGUGAACCCAGGAGACGACAAAGAAGAGGACGCAACCGACUGGCUAGGGGACGUCCGCAUCGCUGGAGUCAAAGUUGACAGUCCAAGAGAGUAUUUAGAUGUUGAAACCAAAUCUCCAUCAUACGUGCCUCCGCCUGGUGGUCAAACACAGCCCAGCCAUCCGUCCCUGCAUGAGUCUAUGAGGUUUGAUGACUGGGAGGAUGGCGAGGAGAACGUGGACUCUCUGAUUACUAAGAAGCUGCUGGAGCUCUACUCUGAAUAUCAGAUCGAAGAGUUGGCCAGGUGCACGUCAGACUCUGUGUUUCUGAAGAAGAGCAAGGCCAUCAACCAGCUCAUCAACUCACUGGCAGAGGAGCACAAAAUGGAUGAGCAGGAGGCCGAGUGUCGACUGGUGCGUGGCAUCAUCCGCAUCAGCACUCGGAAGAGUACGAAGAGGAGGCCGCCCAUCUCCAGGAGGGAGAGGACGCUGUCGGACAGCGGGAACGAGACAAUGAGGGAGAGUCAUUCCUUUUCAUUCAGCAACAACAAUGACUACAAAUCAAAUCCAAACAUCCAGAUAUCUGAGCUGACCGCCUCUGACAUGUUUGCCAGAAAGAUGUGGAGGAACAAUGGAGGUCAUACUUCUAGUUCUCCAACAGCCUACUCUCACACAGAAACUAACUCUUCAGGCGUCCCGCUAAUUCACAGCUCUGUGAGAACAUGAUUCCUGCUCCACACUGGCGAUCUAUGCUUGAAUCAUUUGCCAUGCCGUGUCCACAAGGUCACGUAUGGGACGUUGAAAGGCAACACUACUUGCACAGGAGUCUCCGGCUGAGCCAAGCUCUUUGUAGAGACCAUGACUUUGCUGUGGAGAAAGAAAAUGUGAAAAUUCACAUUGUCUGAAGGACUUCAGCGAACUCAGGGCUCUGUGUGUAGAUAUUUAUGGUUGAUAAAUAUUAUGUGUAUAUUUGAAGGAUUGCUUGAUAUCACCAGUAGCUCUUGAUGGCUCUUAGAUAUUGUAUCAUGAUUAACCGUCCCCUCGUCCUUGAAGGAAAACUGAGUUAUGUUCAUGAAACCUGACUCAACCUCAUGUUUGCUGGACAUUUUGAUUUUGUUCUGUAAAAAUAAAAUACAGAGUUGUAUUUUUUUUUUUUCUAGUCAUCAUCCUAGAUUUAAAUUGAAACAAAUUUGUGUGAUUUUAAACUGUAUUCAAUGUUUUCAAUUCAGUGGUUAUGUAUCACAUAUUUAGAGUCAGUGAUUCUAGAUUAACUAAUUAAAACGACAUGUGUUUUUACAGGGGGCUAUGCAACAGACUAUUUCUUGGCCACAAUUUCAUUUUUACAGUUCUGUUUCUGUACUUAUUAAAAAUGAGAUAUAACAUGUUAAUUAGUGAGCUUUAAAGGUACUGGUAGGUGUAUUUUCUUACAUUUCUUACAGAGCCAGUCUAGCUGUUUCCAGUCUUUAUGCUAAGCUAAGCUAACUGGCUGCUGGCAGUGGCUUCAUAUUUACCAUACAGAUAUGAGAGAGAGAUAUUCUCUUGGCAAGAAAGUAAGUAAAUAAUAUCUAUAAACAAGUUGAAAGCUACAGAAGAUGUAUGUCAAAAUGCAGGUUUUUUUUCUAUUGUGACUUUUAUGAUGUUCAUACGUGGUGUGUGAUUUAGUUUUUUUUUUCCAGCAGAUUAUUAUUAGUGUUAUAAAGCUCAUAUGAAGCAGAGAGCUCUGAAGCUUUUGAGUUAACCAAGACUCAAACUGAAAGAUGUUAAACUGGUGUGAACUGCAGCUAGACUUCAGCUUGUAUCAUGUACUAUAACUGUAACUUAUUAGCGACAUUAUCCCAAGCUGACUCAUGAAGUGAAUGUCUGUACUCUUACCAACAUGCUUGCUGUGUUUGCUCCUGGGUGCUGAUGGGAAUUUGCCCAGCUGACUCAGUGGAAUUUAUUCAGCCCUGUGUUCUUCUUAUCAGCAUUAGCUUAUGAUUACUGCUGGUCAUGGACCCUAUUGUAGUGCCUUCAGUUAAUAAACAUGGGUAGCUAAUACACAUAGAAGUAUAUUUUUUUUGUGUCUAAUGACUGUAAAGGCAAAUGUGCUUUUGCCUGUGUUUUCUGUAAAGCACUUUGGGUUGCCUUUGGGUAUGAAAUGUGCUAAAAAAAAAAAUUAAUUUGCCUUGUCAUGCCUUGCCUAAAGAAUUUGGGUGGUUAUAAUGAAAUGGUGUGAAACUGGUUGCUCGUGUUUCCAUCAAGAAGUAGAAAAUGCAACCGGACGAUUUAGGAAGUGAUGAAUGUGUCAUAUAAACGGCUCACUGUAACUAUCCUAACAUACUUCUUAUUUCACUAAACUGGUUGAAUUGUCUGCUGAAGCGUAGCUUUCAUUCACACAUCAGAUUUUCUCAGAAGAUUUCAUUAAUGCUUGAGCCUUUCACCAAGGUAUGGUAUAUUUUCAGCAAAGAUGUGUUGGCAGGUUCUUAUAUUGACAGUGCACCAUCUUUUAACUGACGUGUCAUUGUAAAAACAAUAAAGUAAAUGAAGUGAAACAAAAA